GCGAGGCGCGAGGCGGGAGCCGGGCUGGUCGGCCGGAAGUGCCGGCCGGGGCGGAAGCGGCGACGCGGGCGACGCGGGCGACGCGGCGACGUAGGCGUCGGGAGGCUCAGAAUUAAGAUGCUCUGGUUUCAAGGAAAUAGCAUGCAACUUGCCAAAUACUCCUUUCAACUCCUCUUGAGAAAUCUCUCUUCUAAGACCCUUCUGCCCGUGCUGACCUUAUUUACAAAGGAUCCAUGCCCCCUUUGUGAUGAAGCCAAGGAAAUACUGGAGCCUUAUAAAAACAGGUUUAUUUUACAGGAGGUGGACAUCACACUUCCAGAAAACUCUGCCUGGUAUGAAAGGUAUAAAUUUGACAUCCCCGUUUUCCAUCUGAAUGGCCAAUUUCUGAUGAUGCAUCGAGCAGACAUCUCAAAACUUGAAAAGCAGCUCCAGAAACUUGAGCAGCAAGGUACUAGAGGCUGGAGGGCGCCUUCAUGAUCCUCCACCCUCUCUGUCCAGAUGGCAUCUUCCUAGGAUAGGAAGACGGCCCCACCGAUGUUCUGAACUAGGUGGUGCCCAGUAAAUGGUGACAUUACUCUUCUUACUGAUGAAGUUGGCAUUUUAUAAAAUGAGAGGAGUAUAUCGGCAGCAAGGGGAUGAUGGAGGGUGGGAGAAAUCCAUUUGUUUUAUUUAUUUUUACCUUUUGUAUUAAUAUGGAGGCAUUUCACAUUCACUGGACAGUGCAGUUUAUGGGAAGAAGGCUCUGCAUCCCUGCUGCUGCCCUCAGGGCUUCACUUUUUAAUGAAAGAAUAAAUGCUCUUCCACUCAGUAGAUAAAGUGAAAUGUGAAUUGUUAAUAACUGCACAGUCAAUAAAGGAGUGUUUUAACAAAUA